UCCCUUUCAUCAGCGGAGGGAAAAAGAAUCAAAGGAUGAGCUCAAUCUCCACCUCACACCUCCCUUCUCCUUUCAAACUAGUAGAUUUAUCGGCAGAGAAGAAGAUUCCCACAUCAAAACUUCCACAAAAAACUGUUUUGAAGCUUUUCGACUCAAAAUCCAUCACUUCUUUGCAAUAUCUCGUCCAAGUUCAUGGCCUUGUAUUGCGUAGUGGUCAUUUCCAAGACCAUUACGUCUCUGGGGCGUUGCUGAAGUGUUAUGCAAAUCCCCAUUUCAGCAAUUUUGACUUUGCUUUGAAGGUAUUCUCCUCAAUCCCAAAUCCCAACGUUUUCAUUUGGAACAUUGUGAUUAAAGGGUGUUUAGAGAACAACAAACUGUUUAAAGCUAUUUACUUCUAUGGUAGGAUGGUUAUUGAUGCUAGGCCCAAUAAAUUCACAUACCCAACUUUGUUUAAAGCUUGUUCUGUGGCACAAGCUGUUCAAGAAGGGAGGCAAAUUCAUGGUCAUGUGGUGAAACAUGGGAUUGGUAGUGACAUGCAUAUCAAAAGUGCCGGAAUUCAAAUGUAUGCCUCUUUUGGUAGAUUAGAGGAUGCAAGGAAACUGUUUUACUCUGGGGAAUCCGAUGUUGUCUGUUGGAAUACAAUGAUUGAUGGGUACCUGAAAUGUGGGGAUCUCGAAGCUGCUAAAGGGUUGUUUGCUCAAAUGCCAGUAAGAAAUAUUGGCUCAUGGAAUGUGAUGAUCAAUGGUUUAGCUAAGGGUGGGAAGUUGGGAGAUGCUAGGAAGUUGUUUGAUGAAAUGAGUGAAAGAGAUGAAAUUUCUUGGAGUUCUAUGGUAGAUGGUUACAUAUCAGCAGGUUGUUACAAGGAAGCAUUAGAGAUAUUCCAGCAAAUGCAAAGAGAGGAGACCAGGCCUGGAAGGUUCAUUUUGUCUAGUGUUCUAGCUGCUUGUUCAAAUAUUGGAGCCAUUGAUCAAGGGAGAUGGGUUCAUGCUUAUCUCAAGAGGAACUCCAUUAAAUUGGAUGCAGUGUUGGGGACUGCCUUAUUGGAUAUGUAUGCAAAAUGUGGUAGGCUGGACAUGGGAUGGGAGGUAUUUGAAGAAAUGAAAGAAAGAGAGAUCUUCACUUGGAAUGCCAUGAUUGGUGGGCUUGCUAUACAUGGAAGAGCAGAGGAUGCACUUGAGCUUUUCUCUAAGAUGCAGGAGGGGAGGAUGAAACCAAAUGGAGUCACGCUGGUUGGCGUCCUUACUGCUUGUGCUCAUGCAGGUUUUGUUGACAAAGGCCUGAGAAUUUUCCAAACGAUGAGAGAGUUUUAUGGCGUUGAUCCUGAACUGGAACAUUAUGGAUGCAUGGUUGAUUUGCUAGGGAGGUCAGGGUUGUUUUCUGAAGCAGAGGAUUUGAUAAACUCAAUGCCCAUGAAACCCAAUGCAGCUGUUUGGGGAGCGCUCUUGGGUGCCUGCAGGAUUCAUGGAAAUUUCAAUUUGGCUGAAAGAGUGGGGAAGAUUUUGCUCGAAUUAGAGCCACAGAACAGUGGCCGGUAUGUGUUACUGUCAAAUAUAUAUGCAAAAGUAGGUAGGUUUGAUGAUGUUGCUAAAAUAAGAAAGUUGAUGAAGGAUAGGGGAAUAAAAACAUUGCCUGGUGUCAGCACGGUUGAUUUAAAUGGUACAGUUCAUGAAUUCAAAAUGGGCGACGGAUCACAUCUGCAAAUGAAAGAAAUUUAUAGGAAGCUAAAAAUAAUAAAAGAGAGGCUACAGAUGGCAGGACAUUCACCUGAUACAUCUCAAGUUUUAUUUGAUAUUGAGGAGGAAGAGAAGGAAACUGCAGUUCAGUACCACAGUGAAAAGCUUGCAAUUGCUUUUGGAUUGAUUAAUACCUUGCCAGGUGAACGCAUACACAUAGUGAAGAACUUGAGGGUUUGUGACGAUUGUCAUUCAGCUACAAAGCUUAUCUCUCAAAUUUAUGAUCGAGAAAUAAUUGUGAGGGACCGUGUUCGUUAUCACCAUUUCAAAAAUGGAACUUGUUCGUGUAAAGAUUUUUGGUGAUCUAUGCUCCUCAAAAAGUGUACAUACUCGAUAUAUUGAGAAAGCAUCUUAAGCAACGGAAGGCUAUAAUUGACAACUAAAAAUGAGAACCUAGUCAAGAUCAGUCGAAUAUAGGAAACCCGUGCAAUCAAGCUCUGAAUGAUAAGGAGUUAUCCAGUUGACGGUUCAAAAUUUCCGAAGUACUUAAGGCUCAUUAGAGACAAGGGCGUUGUACUAUACGUGCUCAUAAGUAUGGAGUGAAUGCUGUUUAUGAACUUUAGAGAUAGGGAAAUACAACAUGCUUCUUCUGCUCCUUCUCUUGUCCACUAGGCCCUUAUCUCUCCAUUCCAAAGCAAAGAGAAGGUGAAGGCUUUCCAGGUUGCAACUAACUUUUACUAUGUUAAUCUUCAUUACUGUAUCAAUUAACUGAAGGUUUGCUGCCUAUGUUGCUAGGCCAUGUUUACCAGAGGCCUUUUCAUUUUUCAGGUUGAUUCGUUUGGCUUCAGCACAUAGUUGCACCAUUUACAAUCCCAACUUCGUUUAAUUUCAUCUCCUCGUGAACAAAUCGUCUUUCAAUGCAUGGUACAACACAACAGGAAGUAGAAAGAAGCACCAAUUCAGCUUUCAUCAACCUGUAAUUCACAACUACAUCCUAAAAUAAAGGAAGUACCAUACCUGUAAAUUGUAAUGUCAAAUCAAUGCAAAAGUUUCUUCAUCUAUUAAAUACCCCUUCUUUUUCCUCUUGUAAUAUCAUUAUAGUCAUAAAUUUAUAUACAUUUCUAAUGGGUUUAACAGGUUCUUCCAGUGUAACUAAUUCAGUUUACUCUCA